AUGGUUUUGCUAACGCUAAUUGCACGUGUAUCCGAUGGUCUCAUUCUUGCAACUUCAAUUGAAGGCAGCGAUGAACCGGAUCAUAAUAUGGUGAAAUAUACUAAUCAGGCAAAGAUGCUUUUUCGGAAGCUGAAUGACAACAGUCCGACUAUACAUACUCUUGAGAGUGGACCUUAUUAUUUUCACUACGUGAUCAAAACACCAGUCUGCUCACUAUGUCUCUGUGAAAAAAAUUUUUCACGGAAAUCUGCCUUUGCAUAUUUAGAAGAUGUUACCGAUGAAUUUCUUGGUCAGAAUGGCACACGCAUAGCAUCUGUCACUAGACCAUAUCAUUUCAUUGAAUUUGAUUACUAUAUACAACAAGCAAAAAGGAAAUAUGCUGGUAGGAGUCGUCAUGCGAUAUCUGCAGUCAGUAGUGAACUACAAGAUGUGACACGCAUAAUGGUUUCAAAUAUUGAAGAUGUAAUUCAUCGCGGUGAAGCAUUAAAUAUUUUGGAGACAAGGGCAAAUGACUUGUCGGAUAUCAGUAAGAAAUAUCGAGAAGAUGCGAGAUUGCUUAAUCGGAAAAGUACGCUGUUCAAGGUAACUGUGCUUCUUUUCUUUGUAGGUUUUUUCGGUUUUGUUGCUCGUUACUUGUUCUGGUAG